AUGCAUAUCACAGAAGAAAAAGCGACCGUAGAGCAACGCACUCACCAUGUUGACUUCGCAGAGGCCAAGCAAGCGGCGGAAGAGGAGCAUCAACUCACACUACUGCAAGCGAUUCGUCAACACCCAAAAGCGAUACUCUGGUCGGUGCUAUUGUCAACAAGUAUCAUUAUGGAAGGAUACGAUAUUGUUUUGAUGAAUUCUUUCUUCGCGCAGCCGGCAUUUUCAGCGAAGUACGGCACUUUUGAUCCUCGCACGGACAAAUAUCAGGCAACAUCAUGGCAGAACGGUCUCGGUAAUGCUGUCAGCGUUGGCACAAUUGUUGGUGCUUUUGCGAACGGGUACUUUUGCCAUAAAUUUGGAUACCGCCCAGUACUGCUCAUGUCGCUGUGCCUAAUUUGCGCUUUCAUCUUCAUCUCUUUCUUCGCCCCAAACCUUCCCGCUUUACUCGUCGGUCAAUUUCUGUGCGGUAUACCUUGGGGAGUCUUUGCCACCAUGGCACCAGCCUACGCCUCAGAGAUCUGCCCACUGGCCCUGAGGGGCUAUCUCUCCGUCUACGUCAAUCUUUGUUGGGCACUUGGGCAGCUUAUCUCGGCGGGAGUCCAGUCUGGGUUUUCUGGUAAUUCGUCCCAGUGGGCAUAUCGCAUCCCGUUCGCUUUGCAAUGGGCCUGGCCUCUGCCACUCUUUGCGAUACUGUUUUUCGCGCCGGAAUCUCCCUGGCACUAUGUUCGAAAUGGAGACUACGAAAUGGCCGAGAAGAUGAUAAACCGCCUCGCCUCGCCAAGGCAGCAGCACCUUGCGAAGCAGAAGGUUGCGCUGAUGGCUCACACAAACGAGUUGGAGUACGCGCUUGAAGCCAACACGUCCUAUUUUCAGUGCUUCAAGGGCAUCGAUCUGCGCCGUACCGAGAUAGCCUGUAUGGUCUUCGCUGCACAGCCCUUCUGUGGGAGCGCAAUGGGUGGCACACCUACAUACUUUUUCGUACAAGCAGGUUUGCCGACUAGCAUCUCUUUCAAGAUGUCAAUCGGUGGUCUAGGCAUCGCAUCGGUUGGCACCAUCAUCUCGUGGUUUCUCAUGUCAUACUUUGGGCGCCGCACUCUGUACCUUUGGGGUCUCGCCGCGUUGUCUGCCAUUCUAUUUGUGACCGGCAUCAUUAGUGCUAGUGACCCAAACUCGGUGCCCGGAAAUUACGGGCAAGCCAGUAUGAUGAUUGUAUGGCUGCUCGUUUACUAUCUCACAGUUGGACCGAUUCGAAUCGCCUACUAUAUCGCGCAGAUCGUAUGUAAUGUCGUCAACCCAUACAUGUUAAACCCAACUGCCGGCGACUGGAAGGGGAAAACUGGAUUUUUCUGGGGCGGAUGCGCACUCGUCUUCUUUGUGUGGACUUUUUUCCGACUUCCCGAGACCAAGGGACGUAAUUUUGAGGAGCUUGACAUUCUGUUCGCCAAAAGAGUUCCUGCACGGGACUUCAAGAAGUUUGAGGUGGAUGCAUACGCGCAGGAUGAGAGUUUGAAGGCGCUAAAUUGA